AUGUCUCUACUCGGCUUACCCCAAGCGCUGCGCGACCAGAUCGUUGAAUAUGUCAUCCCAACAACAAUCAAACCACACGCAUCGUAUCCAUUCCUGAAGACCUUCAAAGAAGCAGGAAAACUCGUCGCCGAACAAGAGUGCCGCCUAAUCUGGCCCAAGAACCCCAAAUUCUGGGAGCGAAACUGCGGGCUCCUCCUGACCAACCGUCAACUGCACUACGACGUCAGCAAAAGAGUCCAAAGCUUGCAAAUCCCAAUCACAUACCACCUGGACGUACUAGUCGACCACGAAAGGCUCCUCCGACCGACAUGGACGUAUAUACCGCUCCUCCACAAUCGCAUUGAUACUCUUACCAUCACGAUGCGCAUAUCUGGAAGCUGCGGCCGGUACUCAUCGACUCCGAUACCCACGGUCGCGGAAGAGAUCAAGGAGAGGACUCACGCGCCUGCAGGCAGGGAAAGCGGCAGACCGCACGCAAUAGCCAAUGUACUCCGCGAUCUGAUUCUGGAAAUCUUCAAGAAUGGACCAGCUAAAGGAACAGCCAAUGGCGGCAGCAAUCCAAAUAAACCCCUCUCCGUCAAUCAUCUCCAUAUAGUCGUCCUCUUACCAGAGAAAGAAACAUCAGGUGGCUUUGAGGUUGCCCACGACUGCUCGACCGCUCCCACGAUUAUCGGUUGGCAUAGACUUCAAAACCCAUGUCGCGGCGGCUGCGGCGCCAGACCCGACUUGCGACGGAACCUGAAGUAUUCGUUAGAUUUAAUGGUCAUUACGGAUUCCUUCUUCGACAUGUUCUAUGAUUUUCAGUGUCAAGGCGUCUUUGUCGGCAGGUUCACUGUAACUUCCACACAUGAUGGAAUAAAUGAAGUGGAAUCGUUUACACUCUCUAAUUUCUACCCGCAACUACCGCCGAGCGACAGUAUCGCAAAUAGCACUUAG